AUGCAACAUACGUAUAUCUUCUUGACCAAAAAGGUAACAAAAUACAGUAUGCUAUAAUAAAUUAAUACAGGUAGCGGUUAGCGGGGCUAAAGAACUGAGUAGCGUAGCAUGGAUGAAGAAUCGAGGCUUCAUAGCCGUCGGGGCUGAUGAAGGUGUGGUUAAGGUACUACAACUACCUGGAGAAAAUGGUAAGUAAUGUGCCAAAGUAUUGUUUUUACUGUAAUAUGAUGUAAAGUAUUAAUACAGUAUAAUCAUACGUUAAAAUUUUUAUUUGUGCUGUAAAAUUAGUUUAAAAUACAUUUUUAAAUAAAAAUUAGGUUAUAAGUAAAAUGUAAAGGUUUAUUCCAGAAAAGAGCAUCAAGAAUCCGUUUAAGAAGUUUAUGCACCUUGAAGGACAUUCAUCUGGAGCCAGAGUAAUCUACGCCAGUUGGAACGAAGUGUACCAAAAGCUGGCGACAUGCGACGAAGGUGGUCUUAUUGUGGUUUGGAUUAUGCAUCCGAACGAAGAAGGCUGGUUUGAGGUAACAAUCUUAAAGGCAUACUCUUUAAAUUAUAGUUACUUGCUACAAUAUUGGUUUGUUGACAUUGGUAUUGCCUUUUGCAGGAAAUGGUUAAUAAUCGUCAGAAAAGCAGUGUCGUCGCAGUAAAAUGGAGCCAUGAUGGUACGAGGAUUGGGAUUGCGUAUGAAGAUGGACAGAUUAUUAUAGGCACGGUUGAUGGUAACAGGAUCUGGAGCAAAGAUCUUACUAGUCAUCUGGCCCAACUUUGCGUAAGUAUUGUCAUUAUCCAGUGAUUGUCUAGAUUAAUCAAUUGACCCGCCUUAUCAAUUUUCAAGUACUUUAAAUUAGAGUUUAAAACUCGCAAGAAGCUUUAUUGACAACUAAUUGUCACAUUUGAAUAUAUAUUUAUAGUGGCAUGGAUCAGACGCGUUAGUGCUAGUUGGACUAAGCGAUGGAGAUGUGCAUGGGUACGACAUGAACGGUAACUUUGCCUUCAAGGUAACCAUGAUGUGUGUGGAAACAGUGGAGUUACGAACAGCGUUGGAAAGUAAGUACAAUAUUAACAACACGCAAAACUUUUUUAUUGCUGGGCUAUGAUUUGAUGACAUUUUAUAUAAUACCUUUCAAGCAAUAAUGUGUCUUAUCUUCAGAAGACCUAAAGAAGGAUGUCAUCAUAUUCAUGGACUGGUUUGUCCCUACUCCAGUCUGCAAAGCUGAUCCUCUUCAGCCAAACGAGGAGAUGUUGCGACUAAUAAGACACAACGCGGUACCACCUGAACCAAUCGUGUUUCGAGGGGAAAUAGCACCAGACCAGCCUCGGUUUGUAGUCGCUUACCAGCAUGGCAUUCUUCAGAUGAUGCGCAGCGAAUUGGACACUAGUACGUUUUAAAUAAUAAUAUGUAUUUUGUAUAUGUUAUAUUAUAGUACUGCACUACAGACGAUAUGAGAAUUGUUAAUUUUUAGGCCCUAUCAUCUGUCGUCUCCCAAACACAGUAAUCAUUCAGUGUGCAUGGUCUCCAGAUGGCUCUAUUCUGGCUGUAGCCGGGUACCAGACAGACCUAUCGGACGAAGAGAAGAAUCUGGUACACUUUCUGACACCAUUUGGAGUCAAAAUACAGACAAUGAAGCUGACAGCCGGUAAACUUUCAGGAAUAACAUGGGAAGGAAGUGGUCUCCGACUGGUCGUUACCAUUGAUGCUUUCAUAUACUUGGCCAUUGUGAAGCCAGCGUACAAAGUGAGAUAUAUUACUGGUUACUGUAUAAUUUAAGAAGGUUUUCAUAUUGUCAUUGUUCUAUUAUAAGGUCAAAGCAAAAAAAUCCUUAACUUUCAUACUGCACUUUAUAGUGGGCGUUCUGCGGUAAAACGUUGGUAUACACAUACAAGAACAUAGAUGUUGGUCAAGAAAUGAUAAUGUUCUACGAGACCAAGAUGGACGAUACGUUUAAGAGACAGACGGCUGACGUAUGGCAGUUGUUAGCUUGUGGAGAUUACUGUGUGGUAGUCAGUCAAGUCAACGAAGUUGGAGGGAUCGUAUGUUUUUACAAUUUAUAUUAUCUUCUACACAGCAAGCAUCUACGUCAUACUUAAGUAACCAUUGUGUAUAGGUUGACUUCCGAUCAAUAUAACUUUCCAGUACAAGAUAGAAGUAUGUGACAGUAUUGGCACUCCAGUAGACUCUACGCAAACAAACGUUCAACCGUUCUCAAUCUCUGUAGCCCCAGGCAUCGUAGUUAUGGCAUCUUCUGACAAGUUCUUAGUUUGGUACUACCACGUACCUCGCACAAUGACAGUGGAUCACCGUGCUCCACAGAAGCCUGCCGAGCCGCAAGUGUACCACAUUGACGAUUACAAAAGUAGUCGGAACCAGGAAAGCGGAAGUGCCAAAAAGGGAAAUCGAACCGUAUUCGAUGGGAUCUGUUGUGUUUGUACUGGAAAAGACAUGAUAUUAGUGGUAAGAAUGGUAUUUAAUCGCAUUAGUGUACACUGUUACAUCUUCAGGGUAGAGAAUCAGGCACCGUUCAUCGUUACAACCUUCCUGAUGUUACACUUGUCCAAAAGUACCAACUGUCUUAUUCAGCUGAGACCAUGGCCCUCAACAGUACCAAUACUCGGUUGGCACUGAUCAACAAGCACCAUCUGUUGAAGUUCUUUGACAUCAAAGACAACAAUGCUGUUGUAGUUCCGAACUUUGAGAGGAAAGACGUCUGGGGGGUGAUAUGGGACAAGAAUCGAGAAGACACGUUGGUGUGUAUGGAGAAGCAGAAAGUGCUGGUGAUUCACGGCACGGAGACGGAAGACCCUGUGAAUAACACCGGCUACUUAUGCGACUUUACUGAUCUUAUGGUAAAGUGUGCGCAACUAGAUGAAGUGUUGCGGGAUCCAGAAUCUCCUACAAAGUCGGCGAUCGUCAGUAUCGAAACAAAGACUCUGCGACAAGCGAAAGAACUUCUGGAUCAGGACAAGAUACCCGAGGCCACCAAGUUUAUCGAAGGACAUUCUCAUCCCAAACUAUGGAAUCUACUGGCUACAUUCGCUCUCAACAAACUUGAUCUGAAGACGGCCGAACACGCUUUUGUUGAGCUACAGGACUUUGGAGGGCUACAGUUUUUGAAAAAGCUGAAGAAUAUAAAAGUAAGUGUUUUGUAAUUGCAUUUUUUUAAAGUUAUAAAAGUUAAAUCAAAACCUUUAAAAUUACCUAAAAGGUUAAUUCAUACCUUAAUUUCAGUCGGAAGCGUUAAAGAAGGCAGAAGUCUGCACGUUCCUUGGAGAUCUUGACGUCGCAGAACAUAUUUGUUUUGAAAAUGACAGAAGGUAAAUUUUAUAUUUCUAGUCAAGUGUAACAUUCGACAAAUUCAGAGACUUGGCCAUAGACAUGAGGACAAAGAUGAACGAUUGGUUCCGAGUGCUGCAGAUCUUACAAACUUCUACUGGGCCUGGAGAUGAUAUUAUGUUACAAAGAGCUUGGAAACAUGUAGGAGACUUUUUCAUGGACAGACAGAAGUGGUAACCAUUUUUUAAAAUUUGUAUGGUAUUUUUAAAAUCUUAGAGAGUUAAAUUUUAAAAUAUUUUUAGGCAAAGCGCGGCUAAACAUUACGAAAGUGGACAGCAUUUCAAAGAACUGGUCAAGUGUUAUGUUAUGAUGGACGACUAUGCUCGGCUAGAAACACUGGCACAGCAGUUGCCUGAUGGCCAUGAAGUACUCAAGGAUCUGGCUGAUAUCUUCACGAAUUCUGGGUUGUGUAAUCAAGCAGUAGAAUGUUACUUGAGAGUAAGAUCCACAAGAUUGUAGUAUAAUCAAGUUAUGAAUAACACGAUCAAACACGAUUAUAUUUUUGCAAAAAAACUUUAAAGUGUAACGCCAUUAGCCAUAAAAACAGAACGGACUAUUAUGAAUAUAAUAUUUUACAGUUAGACAUGAUCAACGAAGCCCUGGACACCUGUAUCAGACUGAACCAGUGGGACAAGGCGGUAGAGUUAAGCGAGAAGUACAAACUGUCAAACGCGAUCAAUCUGCUCAAUAACUAUGCUGAGGAACUUACUGGAUCAAUCGAAAAGACUUUGGCUGCAGCUCAGUUAUACCGAAAGGCUGCCAUGUCCCUGGAAGCCACUAAAAUCAUAUUCAAUGUAAGUUACAAUAAAUAUCUUUCUUCAAUGACUAAUAAUAAAUCUUAUAUAGGCGAAUGAUGAAAUAAGAAACAUUAUAUUCAGAUAGCGAAAGAUCAGAUGGGACGACAAUGUCCACCAUUACGAGCAAAAAAGCUGUUUGUAAUGGGCGGAUUACUGAUAGAACAACAUCGAGAACACAGCAAAUCGAAAAUCACCAAAAAUGGCCAAGAAACCGUGAGUUCUCGUGCUAAUUUAUAUAAAACAUCAUAAUAUGAUAAGCUAAUUGUUUGUGCAAUUCAAUUUUAGUCAACAGCUGCCAUCAAGGGUCUGCUUGAAGAAGAACAUACCUUAUCCAUAGAAGACUCGAGGCUGAUAGACACUGCGUGGAGAGGUGCUGAAGCCAUGCACUUCUACAUGUUAUGCCAACAACAACUUCAUCAGCACAAGUUUGAUGCAGCCAUGAAGACAGCACUCGUACUAACGGAGUACGAAGAAGUUAUACCAUCUUUGGAGAUAUACACGUUACUGGCUUUGGCUAGCUGCCAAGCCAAACAAUUCUCAGUUUGUAGCAAAGCCUUUAUGAAGAUCGAAAGCAUGGAUAACAUACCGGAAGACGAACUCGAACAAUAUAAUGCGUUGUCGCUCAAGAUAUUCUUGAAGUUCGUUUUAAUUUCGAAGACAACUUCCAUGAACUUUUUUGACCCGAAUUAACAUCGAAAAGCGAAAUAAAUUUCUUUCCAGAUACCCUCCAAAAGAUACGAAGCCAACUCGAACAGAAUGUCAUACCUGUGGAACCAUGGUAAUGGACUAUGCCACUUCAUGUACGAACCCAACUUGCGGAGUAAAGUUCCCUAUCUGUAUAGCAUCUGGUCGACCUAUACAUGACUACCAGUUCUGGCUAUGUCCACAAUGUAAACAUAGAGCAUACGAACAGGAGAUCCAGUUCUCCAGACAUUGUCCUUUAUGUCACUGUGCUGUGUAA